AAAAAAAGGAAAAAAAAAGUUUACGUUUUGAGGUCAUUGACUCAACGGUCAACGCUUCUUCAAGGCGUGGUUAAGUUCACGUUUUGCAGUGUUCCACGUUUAAUCAAAACCUUUUGUUUCAGAAUCUGAGUGGUGAAAUGCGGAAACUUUCAUUUCAGAUAAGAUUCAUAAGCUAAGAGAAUUCAUUGUCUUUGACGUUGGUAACACAAUAUGGAAAGCAUUCAAGAUAAGGCAGAUGAAAAUAGUAUAUCUGAGCAUUCGCCUUCAUCCGUUGUUGCUCUAGCAAUUAAGGGUAACAAGAAAAGCAAAUUUGUGGUACAGUGGGCACUGAAUAAGUUUGUCCCUGAGGGUAUGAUUGUCUUCAAGCUGAUACACGUCCAUCCCGUGGGAAAUGUGAUUCCUAUUUCACAAGUGCGUACCGAUGUAGCAAACGCUUUCAGAAAGGAAGUGGAGUGGCAGACAAAUCAAAAGCUUCUACCUUUCAAAAGAAUGUGUGAGCAGAGAAAGGUCCAUGCAGAUAUCGUGGUGAUUGAAUCAGAUGACGUGGCAAGUGCAGUAGCAGAGGAAGUAGCUAAGGGUGCUAUAACCAAACUCGUCGUUGGAGCAUCAUCUCGUAGCAUAUUUACCAGUAAACAUAAGGGUAUAUCUGCAAAAAUCUCAGUAUGCACUCCAAGAUUUUGUACAGUCUAUGCUACAUCGAAAGGAAAACUGUCCAUACGACCAUCAGACAUACAAGUUGAUGAUAGCAUUAUCGAUGACACUAGUGGAACCAGUUUUUCCUCCAGCAGCUCAUCAAAUUACACUUCAACCUCUCAGACAGACACUGGCUCGCUUGCAUCAUAUGCUCCUUCGCAUUCAUCUUCCUUAACUACACAGCGAUUCCAAGCUCUUUCAAGUAUAAAUCAGACAUUAUUGAAGACAAGUACUGGUUUAAUUGAAACUAAUCAUUCUAGAGGUCGAUCUCUAGAUUUUGGGAGAGAGAACAUUACUUCAACUUAUUCCAGAAACUCUGAUAUUGAUUAUGCUUUGAAUCGUUCCUCUAGUUACAAAAGCGUUAUAUCUGAUACCGAAUCUUUGAAUUUUGAUCAAAAUUCUGCCAAGGAGGAACCAUUAGCAAUUGAACAUCCUUCACCUAAUAGGCAGGAAAAUGUUAACCUUGAGCUGGAAAAGUUGAGAAUUGAACUAAGACACGCCCAAGGAAUGCAUGCAGUAGCUCAAAGCGAAAGCAUAGAUGCAUCACGAAAGUUGAAUGACCUCAGCAAGAGGCGAUCAGAAGAAUCCAUGACUGCUGAAAGAGAAGCUGCAGAAAGAAAAGAAGCAGAGUUGAAGGCUAUCCGUGCGGCUAAAGAUAAAGAAAAGCUGGAGGAUGCUAUUACUGGUUCCACGCCGUUGUACCGAAAGUUUGCUUGGGAUGAAAUAGUGUCCGCUACCUCAUCAUUCUCUGAAGAUUUGAAAAUUGGAAUGGGAGCAUAUGGAAAGGUGUACAAGUGCAGUUUGUAUCAUACAACUGUUGCUGUUAAAGUUCUUCACCCUAAUAGGGGCCACAAUAGCAAGCAAUUCCAGCAAGAGCUUGAGAUACUUAGCAGAACUCGUCAUCCAAACUUGCUUCUUCUUCUUGGUGCAUGUCCUGAGCAUGGAUGCCUUGUGUAUGAAUAUAUGGAGAAUGGUAACUUGGACGAUAGAUUACUCCGGAAAAACAAUGCCACCCCUAUUCCAUGGUUUGAGAGGUAUCGAAUAGCAUGGGAAGUUGCAUCAGCUCUAUCCUUUCUUCACAGUUCAAAGCCAAAACCAAUCAUCCAUCGUGAUUUGAAGCCAGCGAACAUCCUUCUUGGUCGUAACCUUGUCAGCAAGAUUGGUGAUAUUGGCCUUUCGACAAUGCUUCAGUCAGAUAAUUUAUCCACCAUGUACAAGGACACUGAGCCUGUUGGGACACUCUGCUACAUAGACCCUGAGUAUCAAAGAAAUGGAUUGAUAUCACCAAAAUCAGAUGUUUAUGCUUUGGGAAUAGUUAUAUUACAGUUAUUGACUGCAAAACCAGCCAUAGGAAUUACUCAUGUGGUUGAAACAGCAAUUGGUGCCGGGAAGUUGACGGAUAUAUUGGAUCCAGAGGCAGGAAGUUGGCCAUUUCAAGAGACAUUAGAAUUAGCUCAAUUAGGACUGAGCUGUGCUGAACUUCGGCGAAUAGACCGGCCUGAUUUGAAAGAUCAAGUUCUUCCUACACUAGAGAGAUUGAAAGAAAUUGCUGAUAGGACUCAACAAUCUCCUUCAAUAGUAUUUGUUAGAUCCAGACCUCCCAAUCACUUUAUCUGUCCAAUACUUCAGGACGUGAUGGAUGAUCCUUGUGUUGCUGCGGAUGGAUAUUCGUAUGAUCGUAAAGCAAUUGAAAAGUGGUUUCAAGAGAAUGACAAAUCACCAAUGACAAAUAUGGCCUUACCACACAAGCAUCUAAUUCCUAAUUACACUCUCCUGUCAGCAAUUAUGGAAUGGAAGUCUCAAUAGCAGCAUUAUCUUUCUCAUUGUUAGUAUUCAAUUCAUUUGUUUCUCUUGUGUAGCUUGCAUAAAAAGGUUCUUGUAUGAUAUGUGACGAGUCUUAGAUGCAAAUUGUUUGUCUACCACCCAAAGCUUGCUAUUUGGUUAAUUUAGGGAGCAUUAUUUGCACGUGGCACUCGAACUUAUGUGUAAUCGGCUUUUCUCUGGCAAAAGAAGUAGCAAAUGAUUAUCUGUAAGGGAAGGAACCUUAACUCAACAACCAAGAGAUGGUGGAAGAAAUAUGCUCUAUGCUGUGAACAUUAAAGGGCAGUAGCUAGGAUGAUAGGAUGAUAGGAAGAUUUUCAGUAUAUUCUCUCUUUUUGUACAUCUUGAAUGUAGUUGAUCUAUUCUUCACUUCUUUUUGGUAUUUAUUCUUGCUGUGAUAACUUGUAUUACAUCUAAGAAGUCUAACUCAUGGAUCAUGAUUUUGAGGAAAUAUUUAUCUACCAUGGGCGAGUUUUCCAGUUGGAUCAUCCGGUCUUUUUUUUCAGAGUUAAUUGAGGUGACAUUUGUAA